UCAGCUUAGGUCUGGAGAGCAGAUCCCCUGGUACCAUACACCCCUCCUGCCCUGCACUUCAGGAGUCGUGGAGUCAAGAAUGGACAACGAGAAGGGCUUCGAGAAAGAACCCAGAGUCCAAUGGCAUGUAAAAGACUUCUUCAUACUUGCCAGUACAUCAUCCCCAGGUCUUCUGUGAGCACAGAUUCUUUUGAAGAAGAAAGCUGCAGAGAAGCCUGUUCCACCCCAGUGUCAUCUGGUGAAAGGGAUGAGGAUUCACUGAGUUUCACUCUCAGAGAGAAAGUUCAAAAGAGAGUCAGCAAAACACCCAAGCAGGCCUGGAGCAGCCCAUUUUUGGAAACCAAAAUGGCAAAUAAACCCAGUCGACCACACUCGGAACAACCUAUGUACUUGGAGACCGCAAUUAGGCACAUGAGACUUCAAAACCAGUCUUGGUGCAAUUCCCAGGGAAAUUCUGGUCUGGCCCAGAGACCUUUCACCGCCAUCGGCCUGUGCAGGACCGAGCCCCGCUCCGCGCAGCAGAGCGCAGGGUGGAGUUCCUCGGAGUCCAAGCUGGAGGAGACGGGAGACUCCAAGGCACACCCAGAUUUCCAAAAAGAGCUCUUAGUCGCUCCCGGAAAUGCAGUCGGAAGAAGCGCGGUUGCCAUGGCACCGGAGAUGCUCCCCAAGCAUCCUCAUCUCCCGGAGGAGAGGAGGCUGCGGGCAGACGCCUCCCUCUCGGGCAAUCUGGCGGAGGAGCCCCUUCCUCGGUUCGCGGGUGCUUUCACCCAUUUCCACUCCAAGAGAUUAAUAAAGGUUUGCGACGCGGCGCCCCCGCGCCCGCCCCGGCGUUUCCAUACGGCCUGUUCACAGGCUCUUCCGAGGCCGGUGGUGAAUGCUCACUUGCAUUGA